CGGCCCCCACGUCGCACAAAGCCCCCAGAGCCACCGGGAGCCACCAGCUAGGAGGGUCGUCCCAAGGAGGGUCGCCUUCGCCCCUCUGCACCCCCUCCCCUCCCCGCGUCCAGGCACAGCCGCCGCCCCGUCGAGGGAGGCCGGCCGGCCGGCAGCGUGGCCGAAGCGAGGUCAGCGCUGGACGGCUGAUCUGCUGCCCGUCAAGGACAAUCCGGCCGCCUGUCACCGGGAAGGAGACGGCCCGGGGCUUAGCUCAAGCUUCCUUCGCCUGCUGCCCUCUGACACGCGAGGAGGGCUGGGGCCGCCGCCCGCUCCGUCUGCCACUCCUGCCCUGCCAGCCGUCGGAAGCGCUGGGGCUGCCCGCCGCGGCCGGCGCCAGGGAUCCUGGGGGGCGCCCCGCACCGAAGCCUUGGAGCCCCGGCCCGACGUCCCCCAUGCACCUGCAGCAGAGCUCCCCCCUGAACAUGACCGACGGCAGCUUCGCGCUCGGCGGACACCUGGUCAGGAGCCCCGGGGGGAACCCGUCCAGGCUGCACAGCAUCGAGGCCAUCCUGGGAUUUACCAAAGAGGACCCGCUGCUGGGCGCCUUCCAAGCGCAGGACGCCCCCAGGGCGGCGGGCGAGGCGGAGAAGAGGAGCCCCCGAGACUGUUUCUCCAAAAUGCCCGUGGAGGAGCCCCGGGGGCCGGGGGGGCCCGAACUGGAAGAUCCCGCCGGGGAGCACUUCGAAGAUCCCUAUUGUCCAAAACGCUCCGAGGAAUGCCUGAGUCCGGAACUGCCCGCCUGUAACAACAGUGACGGGAAACUCUCCGACGAAGACCAGCCCAAGAAAAAACACCGGCGGAACCGCACCACCUUCACCACCUACCAGCUGCACGAACUGGAGCGCGCCUUCGAGAAAUCCCACUAUCCAGAUGUGUAUAGCCGAGAGGAACUGGCUAUGAAAGUCAACCUUCCUGAAGUGAGAGUCCAGGUGUGGUUUCAGAACCGGAGAGCCAAGUGGAGGAGACAGGAGAAGCUGGAGGUAACUUCCAUGAAGCUGCAAGAUUCGCCCAUCCUCUCUUUCAAUCGCUCUCCCCAGCCCUCCGCUAUUGGGACCAUUGGCAGCAAUUUGCCCCUGGAGUCAUGGCUGAGCCCUCCCAUGACCAACAGCAACCCCCUCCAGACUUUGCCGGGUUUUGUAGCUUCCCCGCAAAGCCUCCCCACCAGCUACACCCCUCCUCCUUUCCUGAACUCGCCUCCCAUGGGUCACACCCUGCAGCCCCUCGGGGCCAUGGGGCCUCCCCCACCCUACCAAUGCGGGGCCAACUUUGUGGACAAAUUCCCACUGGAAGAGGUGGUGGACCCGCGGAACACCAGCAUAGCUGCGUUGCGGAUGAAAGCAAAGGAGCAUAUCCAGUCCAUGGGGAAACCGUGGCAGACGAUUUGAAGGGACGUGUCCUUCGCCCACGCAUCUUACCAAGAUCUGGCUGCAUCCUCUUUGGAAGGAGAACUCAUUCUGUGAAGAUCUAGUAGAUCUUCCAUUGGACGGACAGAUGAUCGACGCUGAAUGAUCACCUACGUAGAAGGGAGCUGAACACUAAGUAGAAGUUACCCUGUCCUCUCUUUCCCACCCCAUGCAUUACACGCCAUGUUCUUUGUGUUCUUUUCCAUCUUAUGCACAAGACCUAGGGUUUUGGUUCUAGUUCUCUUCGUUUGCUUUGAAUUUGUGUGUGUGUGUUUUUAAAAAAUGAUCUAAUCAUUUUAUAAUCCUGACUCAUCAGCAGGAUAUUUAGUUGUGUAAGAAGCUACAAUAUAGAUGGGGGUGGGGGGGACGACCCUUUGUAACCUUCCUAGGAGUAUUUUGGUAACAUUAAAGCACAAAUAUUUUCAGAAGGUACUUUAGACCUGUUAAUUGAACCUACUGAAUAUAGUUUGUAAAAGUC